CUCCCCCAUUUUGUUGCAGAUAAAACCAACACUCUCUCUCUCUCUCUUAAAGUCUCUCAAAUCUUCUUCUACCUUUUUCUCUCUGAAGCUGAGUCUUAAUUGUAUGGCAGCUAAUUCCAGCAGCCGAGUGAUCGCCAGCGUGGGGAAGCGAGUCGUCGUCAGCCAGAUCCGAGUCCGUCCAACCACCGACUCAACUCGCCUCUCACUCGCUGCUCCUCUCGCUCUCAGGAGGGCUGCUCACACCUCAGUUUAUGACAAGAACCCUGAUGAACAAAUUCGCCCUAGCUUUGUCCCAGACGAUGUGAUCUCAGCUGAACCUGAGAAGUACUGGGCUCCAAACCCUCGAACUGGGGUAUUUGGGCCUGAGACUGCGCAUAAUUCCACCCCAGCUGAAGAGUCCGGAGCUGUGAAUGGUAACGAGACAUCGGUGCUGGAGGAGAAGGCCUGGUACCGCCCUACCAACAUCGAGGACUUGGAGAAGCCUCACGUGACUUGAGCUGUUGAGCCACAUUCAACCUUUCGGUUAUAUUAUAGAAUAGAAGGGUUGAGUUUAUAGAUAAAUAAAUAAUAUAUAGGCGUGGCUACUGCCAGCUGCCUAUAUAUGUAGUUAUUAGUGCGAGUAGUUUGUAGUAGUGUAAAGUGUUUGCCCUCUCCGCCCUACAAGAACUGGUUUGAUGUUCAUAUCAAGGUUUUAAAUAUCGGUAUUUUCAUAUC